CUCAGACAGCAGGAAGACAUCAUGGAGGUCACAGCGCUCUGCAGCCGACUGCUGACGUGUGUCAUCGUUCUGCUGGGUGCACAUAUUCAGAAGAGUUUUACGAAAAACAAUGACGCAGCUUUGCACAUUGUCACGGAGAGACUGCAGUUCUUUGAAUACGAGCCCUUCUCUUUUCUCUGCGAGGGUCCUGGCUCUGCUCUGAGGGGGUUUAGGAACAACAAUGAGUUGAUUAAGGGUUGUUAUAUUAUUGCUUCAUCAACACUGAACUGCACCAUUCCAGAGGCCUAUGCACCGGACAGCGGGGUUUACUGGUGUGAGGAUGAGAAAGGAAGGAAGAGCAAUUCUGUCGACAUCACGGUCACCGGUGGCUCUGUGAUCCUGGAGAGUCCUGUGCUUCCUGUGAUGGAGGGAGAAUCUGUGACUCUGAGCUGCAGAAACAAGACGACCACUUCCUCCAUCCUGUCAGCUGAUUUCUAUAAAAAUGGCAGCUUCAUCAGGAGCAGCUCUACAGGAAACAUAACAUUCGAAAAUGUUUCCAAAUCUGACGAAGGACUCUACAAGUGCAGCAUCUCUGAAGAUGGGGAAUCACCAGAGAGCUGGCUGACUGUCAGAGGGACAUUGAGAUCUGAGAGCAACAACAGCAAUAAGAGUGAAACACAGGAUAGGACAGAAAGUGGUGACCUACUUAAUGAUCAAAUGCGUUCUUUCCUCCAUGUCUCCGUCCUGCUGUGGACCGCUAUCAUUAUUUUCAUUUUGGUUUUGGCUCUGCUGGUGCUGGGAGUCCUUCAUAUUAAACAUAGAGACUCCUCAAAGACACAAACAGCAGAUUCACCAUGCUCCGGCGAGGAAAAUCUAAAUGCUACAGUCUGUGAAGAGGAUCAGGAAAAUGUCACGUACGCUCUCGUCGUCAAAAAACCAAGACAUCACCGAGACGCUGCAGACGCUGCUGAUAAUCCGAGCCUCAGCAUCGAGACAGACCACAGCCGAAACCCACAGACUGAAGCAGGUGAACCUUCAUUUGAAGCAGUUUACUCUGCGUUGGUUAUAAAUGAGACUCCACAAGCUCACGAAUCAGGACUUAAAAACUCACCUUCAGCAGAGGAUCCUCUCUACACCCCCGUGAUGAAGGACUCGUUCGGCAAGUUGAGAGACGCUCCGUCAGAUUAGCAAAUUGUUCAGAAAUGAUUUUCAGUUCAACUCAGAUCAAUGUUCAGUCAAAUAUAUUCAACCCAAAUCUUCCUAGAGCUGGAAGUACAUUUUUUAGAUUUAUAUUGUAUUUUUCUUUUGUUAACUCUGCUCGGAGUAUUUGGUCUCAUUUAAAGGUGGGGUAGGUAAGUU